AUGAAUUCACGGGCAAAAAGGUUCAAGAUUGGUGAUGAAAAUGUUGUUAGAGGGUUAUUGGAAGAGUCUGAGUCUGAUUUAAGUUCGUUUAGUGAAUUUGAUGACACGGAUGAGGACGAUACAUACAUGCCUCCAAACUCGUCAGGUGAUAAUCAAAGUUUCAAUGAUAGUAGUGAUAUUGAUGAAAAUACUUUAGAGGUAGUUAAUAACCAUCCAAAGACCUCUAAACAAACAUGGAAUGAUAUAACGAACCAAAACCAAAAAAAUUUUUUGUUCGAAAAAAAUCCCGGUCUAAAAAUUGAAAUACCGCACAAUGCAACAAUAUGGACAUACUUGAACUUAUUUAUAACUGACGAAAUAAUUAAUUUAAUGGUUGUCGAAACGAAUAAGAAUGCUGAUCAGGUGUUAUCUAAACAUCGAUUGACUAAAGCUAGUAGAUUUUCUAAGUGGGUGCCUACCAAUGAUGUUGAAAUUAAACAGUUCUUAGGUUUGCUUAUGUGGAUGGGGCUAGUCCAAAUGCCAAGUUUAAAAGAUUAUUGGAGUGUGAAGAUGUUAUACAAAAAUUGUGUAGCAAAAAAUAUCAUGUCAAGAAAUCGAUUCGAGUUGAUUCUCCGAUUUUGGCAUUUUGCCGAUAACGACCAAGCUCCUGAAAGUGAUAGAAUUUUUAAAAUUCGAAAUCUGAUUACAAAAAUGGUUCAUAACUUUCAAAAUAUAAUGGAACCAGAAGAAAUGAUGGCUGUAGAUGAAACAAUGGUUCCAUUUCGUGGGCGAUUAAAAUUCAAACAGUAUAUUCCUGGAAAGGCGCAUAAGUACGGAAUAAAAUUAUUUAAACUUUGUGGCGUUAACGGGUAUACGUAUAAUAUGGAAGUUUAUGCAGGCAAAAGCCAAACUGAUGGAAGAGGAUUAGGUUGCAGAGUCGUUGUAGAUUUAAGUUCCAGAUAUUUAAAUUGCGGCAGAACUAUUAUAACAGAUAAUUUUUAUACAUCGCUUAAUUUAGCCAAUGAGCUAUUAGAAAAAAAUACGCAUUUAAUCGGUACAUUAAGAUCCAAUCGAGUUAAACUACCAGAUGUUACAAAAGCAAAGCUACAACCAGGACAAAUAGUAGGAAAAGAAAAUUCAAACGGUAUUGUGGUUGCCAAAUGGCGUGACAAAAGGGAUGUCACCAUGUUAUCUACUCGCCAUGACAUUUCUAUGAUAGACACAGGUAAAAAAAAUAGAAAAAACGAAUCAAUAGUGAAGCCAAAAAUAAUAAUUGACUAUAAUGCUGGGAAGGCUGGCAUUGAUUUAUCAGAUCAGCUAUCCAGCUAUAGUAGCCCUGUACGAAAAUCCAUAAGGUGGUACCACAAAGUGGCAACCGAAGUCUUAUUAGGAACUGCAGUAGUGAAUGCAUUGAUAGUUUAUAACUUGAAUACGCCACAGAAUAAACUAAAGAUCACGCAAUUUCGAGAAUUAUUAAUUAAUGAAAUGCUUGGAUUCAUUGGAUUUAAUCAAUCAGAACAGGACCAAACUUCACUUGUGUUACCGAAAACACGACGAGCAAAACACGUUUUUAUACAAACUACAUUAAAGUGCAACAGAAACCGAAAACUGCGAAAGAGAUGUGCUCAUUGUUAUAACGAAAAGACAACUACUGUAGGAUCAGUACAGGCUUGCAAAGAUGUGAAAAGGGUUACAACUCUUUGCGAAACAUGUGAUGUUUACACGUGUGCUGAUUGUUUUAUCAAACAUCAUACAAAAUAA